GCGCCUACUAGUAGAAGGUCGGUUUCGUGUACAUAGUUCGGCACCGGCCUGACCUCCGGAUCCUCUGGCAUUAUCAUCUACAGUCUACCUCCACAAUCUACAACAUCAUGCGAUGCCCAACAGUAGAUUAGGGCCUAGGGGAGAACGGUGAUUAAUUAACAUCUCGACUCGCAAACCAUAUCCAUUUCAGCCUCUCAAUAGCUGAACAAUCAACGCAACGUCAAAUUUAUGUCCAAGCCCCGUGGAUCAAAGCUUCUUCUCGGUAUUGCUGUCUUUUUCGAAUAGUGCCAUCUUCCCUCGGACAUGACAAUACGACGGCGACGUAUGUGUUGAACAUGAGCAUCUUCUAGAUUCGAGGGGAUCCAAAAAGCCGGGUUCUUUUGAUACAGGAUGGAUUGUUCCACUUUGAAUACCGAUCAUCACAAGUCGGUAUGUGAAGACUCAAGCACUCACCACUCCGUGAAGAUGGAACAUAUGGACAUCGUUGCCUAGUAUCGCGGUCUCACGGCGGCCUGGUCCUGAAGUGCAAAUCACGGAUGCAUAAGGUACUAUUUUGGCAACUCAAGGCCGGUUGUAAUCUGGAGGGAAGAAGAGGGAAAGGGCUCCCCGAAUCACCUGAGGCCCAGGGUGAUGUGCCACUCGAGUACAAGGACACCUCUUCUUUCUUUUUGCCAUCACCCACCGCCAUAACACAUCUACUUCUAAGUUAUCUUGCUCGCGUCGGGUUGUAUUUCUGUGCUACGCUAGCGAAGGCAUCGCUCUCCUUUGCUCUCCAGCCUCAUCGAACGCGCAAUCAUGCCGCGGGGAUCUUGCUCGGGAGUCACUUCAGAAUGGACACGAUGUGGCAAGGAAUCGCGGGGCAGUCGCUUCUGUUAUCAUCAUACAGGACAAUCCCGCUGGCUGCUCGCCGACUAUGAUACCUUAGAUGACAUUGGGCCGCACGCUAAGCAGCGGUGCUGCAUAGGCUUGAUCAAAGACAACUCUAGACUCUGCAAUAACAGAGUUGCAGCUGGAGAGUUCCAUUACUGUCAUCUCCACCGCGCUCAAGCGCCUCCCACUUGGAGCCUUCCAGAAUCGGAUUCCAAACAGGGUGUUGAAGUUCGUGAUGCGACAUACGAGGAGCUGAAGGAGAUCUUUUUGGGCGUUGUAACGGAGAGGGACAAGUGGAUAAACGGCGGACGAUCUAAGUCGUCCUCGCAGAAGCCGUCGUCGUCUCGAAGCCAAGGGUUUUCCCAGGAGUGGCGAUCAGACUCACAGUACAAGGAGAGUUCACAGAAAUCGUCCUCUUACACUCGAAGCACACCUUACUCUCCGGACUGUGAAUCUUACACUCACACGCAUUCUCAAUCCUCGUCGAGAUAUGGAUUUCACCAAUCCUACGAGGAAAGCUACCGGCGGCACCGAGAACAGGAAAGAAAAGCGGAGAAAGAGAAACAAGAACGAGAGGAGCAAGAACGCAAAGCUCGGGAAGCUCGAGCGGAAGAAGCACGUCGUGCACAACAGGAACGGCCCCGCCAGUCGGAAAGGUUUUCUACCGCUGCCAACAUUGACAACAUAUCGAGCUCGACCCGUACCCGCACCCGCACUCAAACUGCUCAAGCUGCGGUCAAUCAUUACUAUACCACCCUCAACGCCUUUAACAAAGACAUUCGGUCUUUCAACUUGAAACCUUUGGUCUUCCAGAGCUUCCCGUGGCCAGUACUCGUUGACCAUCACUAUGUCAAACCCAGUGAUGUUACCGAAGAAGCGGCCAAAGACUUUUUCUCCAAGCGUAUCUCCUCGACGACCUAUCGCGCCCUCAGAACGGCGAUUAUAAAUCAAUCGAGGAAAUUCUGGCACCCUGAUGCCUUUGUUGCUCGCGGUAUCCUCCUGAAAAUCAAGGACGCAGAGGAGAGGAAGCGUGUCGAGGAGAAGGUCAACAUGGUGUCGAAGAUUGUGAAUAAUAUUUGGGACCGCGAGUUCAAAUAAUGUUUCCAUUUCUCUUUUGGUUUUCUGUAUGUAACUUGUAUAAUUUUUUUCUUGUAAACCAGCGC